AGGCGGAGGAAAGAGGAGAGAAAUAGCCAGAAAGAGACUUGUUUAUGGACUACUGUGUGACAUGGGAGGCACCUCAUGAAUUAUUCAAGAAAAUCUACACUUGAUCUUUAUUUUUGCUAAACUUUGAAAAUAAACUUAAACUAAAGAAAAGGGGAUAAAGAAGAGAAGAAGAAAUGAAGGACUUGGUGGAGUCAGUAGAACUCGGGGUCUCUCAGCGGAAAGGAGUUAUCAUAACUAAACCCAAAGUUUGGCUAAAGAAUGAAUAUGUUCGUGUGGGAUUUGCUGAAUCCCUUUGCACAUAUGUCAUGAUGGUGUUUGGCCUGGGGUCUGUGGCCCAGGUAGUGACAGGACAGGGAGCAUUCGGAGAGUAUCUCAGCAUCAACCUGGGUUUUGGACUCAGUGUUGCUAUGGGGGUUCAUGUUGGAGGGAAGGUCUCAGGGGCUCAUAUGAAUGCAGCAGUGACACUCACGAUGUGCGCGUUUGGCCGCCUUGCGUGGAAGAUGCUGCCUCUAUAUGUUUUUGCACAGCUAUUGGGGUCAUUUCUGGCAGCGGGGACAAUCUAUGCUGUCUAUUAUGAAGCCAUACAUGACUUUUGUGGAGGAAACCUGACUGUAACCGGUGUAAAGGCCACUGCUGGUAUCUUUGCCACCUAUCCUGCACCGUACCUCUCCUUGCUGGCUGGAUUCAUUGACCAGGUGAUCGGCACAGCUAUGCUGCUGCUGUGCCUGAUGGCUCUGUCCGACCAGAAGAACAAACCGGCCGCAGCGGGCAGCGAGCCUGUCGCAGUGGGUCUCCUGGUGCUGCUCAUUGGCAUUUCUCUAGGCAGCAACAGCGGCUAUGCCAUCAACCCCACCAGAGACAUCGCACCCAGGGUCUUCACUGCCAUAGCAGGCUGGGGGGUUGAUGUGUUCAGGUCUGGAAAUGGGUGGUGGUGGGUGCCCCUAGUUGCCCCUCCCAUUGGAGGACUAUUGGGUGCGGGUCUCUACAAAGCCUUGGUGGAAAUGCACCACUCUCCCUUCUCUGAACAGGGAGAGGAGUUGGUGGAGGAGACUACCCCUCUGGGGAAACAGGACAACAUCUGUGCUAAUGUAUGUGUCUGAGACCCCCAACUAUGUACGGUGUAUCCCUUGUAAAGCUAUGUGGAUAUCUGUAGUUGAAACAUUCCAUGAUGAAGGGUUUAAAAAAAAUAGACCUAGA